AUGGCGGACGCGAUGAGACUGCGCAACGCGACCUGGCUACACCCCCUCCGAGGCAUCGUGUAUUUCGUAUCGCAUCCCUUCCUAUGGCCUCUGUUCCGUGGUCGCCUGAUCCCGAUUACGCUGCUUUCUGGUUUCGCCUACACGCUUCUGUUUGUCUUCACCUACCUGCCACAAGUUGCGUUUCUCGCCAUCUUCCAAGGCAAUGGGGCUUGGAUCAACGGAGCAGUAUUGGUGCUGGGAGAAGGCGCCGCCAUAGUCGCAUUGCUGUUCGAAGCCUUCUUCGUCGAUGAGACCCAGGUUGACGUCUUUGACGCCGUUUUGCUAAAUGAAGGGCUGGAGACGCUCAUCAGCGGAAAGAGAGUCAUCCAUCCGGACGGCGACAACCCGGUCAAGAAACUCGGCAAGCCUACAACGAGCGCGGUCUAUGCGCCGUUCUCGUUGCGGCAAAUAGUCGAGUUUGUGGUUUUUCUCCCGCUUAAUUUCGUCCCCGUGGCCGGGGUGCCAAUGUUCUUGGUCUUGACUGGAUACCGCGGGGGCCCGUUUCACCAUUGGAGAUAUUUCCAGCUUAUGGAUUUCACCAAAGAAGAGAGGAAACUGUUUGUGCGGAAUCGACAGCUGAGAUAUACAGCGUUCGGAACGGUGGCCUUGAUGUUACAAUUGAUACCCUUUUUUUCAAUGUUCUUCCUCCUCACCAGCGCCGCUGGCUCGGCCCUGUGGGCAGCAGAGAUGGAGAAGCGGAAACAGUUCCUGGAGAACCAGGGGGACGAAGACGGGCUCCCCGAGUAUCAGGAUAACCCGUGUGACGAAGGUGGUCCACCCUGCAAAUCCUGCGUUGCGCUGGACAUUCCGUGCACUUACAACCGUCCAAGCCGACGACGAGGCCCGCCCAACCGGCACGCCGAGUCGCUCAAGAAGCAAAAGAUCGAGGAUGAUGUGUCGCAGAGCAGUCUAGCUGCUUCCUCUGCUGUGCCCGAAGCUGCUGCUGCUCCUGCUCCUCCGCCACCAGUGCUUUUACCCACCACCAAUGCGUUCUCUGGAGAGUCCAUCUGCCCGCUGCCGACUUUGCAGCUGCUAGUCGACGACUACUUCACUUUUAUCCACCCUCUGGUCCCUGUUCCCCACGAGCCAAGCUUUCGAGCAGCUUUCGCCAGGCGAGAGGAUGUCACUAACAAACGGUUUCUGGCGCUGCUGGCCGCCAUGAUCGGCUCCCUGGUGGCAUCCUUCCCACGUCGCCCAAAGCUGCAUCUUCGAACAGAUGCCGAACGACGCAUGUACCCAAAUUCCAUGACUCUGGUCAAGCAGUGCCAUGAUGUCUCCGUUCAGGCCCGGGGCGUAGGCUAUCUUGAUACGAGCAACACCACCGAAGACGCCGCCAUCAGCUACCACCUGUCGCUAUGCUCUGGCUAUGUGUACAACAUGCGCCGCUGCCGCAUGUAUCUCGGCGAGUGCAUGACUAUUCUCCGUGUCUACAGUCUGUAUGCGCCCUGCCAGCAGAUUCCAGACCCGAACCCGACGCCGGCGUCUCCAAUGUCGACGACUGGCUGCGGCCCAUCAGAUCAGUUUAGCGAACCCCAUGCGGCAACGGCAAAUCUUCUGGAGCAGGAGCUGGGCAGGCGACUCUUCUUUGUCUGUAUUUCCGGCUUCAAGACAUUGCAUCAGCUUGGCGCAACAGACGGGCGUAUCUACGUGCCUCCAGAAACCCCCACGGACCGGUAUCCUCCGCUGCCCGUCGAGAUCGAUGAUGAGUACUUGUUUGCCACGCACAUGGAUCCCCAGCCGGUAGGGGUUGUGCCCCAGCUGACCGGGUUCAAUGCAAAUGUGCGCGUUUUCCAGUGUUACAAUUCCCUGGCGGCGUUGGAGAUUGCAUUUGGGACCAACGAGUUCCUUGGCUGGGAAAGACAGAGGCAGAUGAUAAUGGAAAGCAUCCAAGAGGCCAAGAAGAUCACCGCCGAGCUUCCUCCAGAGCUUCAACUCACUCCGCAGAUCCAAACACUAUCCCCAUCCAUGACUCUUCCGCACCGAGGCGAGAACGAUACGGAAGCCAACCGGCGCAAGAUCCAAUACGAGAUUCAAAAAGCAAACAUAUACAUAACCCAGCUGUCAACUCGGUCCUACCUUGUCGAUAAAUACUGGACUCUGUUUGAGGGCCACAAACGACUUGAAUUUCAGGCACAACCUUUAAUGACGACAUCACAGAUGCCGUCCCCGGACGGAUUGACCGCACCAGCACCUGAUCCUGGUGGAGGAACAACCCCAGAUGUGGACAUGCACGCGCAGACAGAUUAUAUUGGGCAAAUUAUGCGCGAGGAGCGAGGCCUGGUCAUCAAAGACCUACUCUGUCUGCUGAAAAGCGUGCAGGAAAUCCACAUUGAACCGAACGGCGCUAGUUUUACAAACAAAGUCCGCCAAAUCGCAUCCACCCUCCUGAGUCUACCGCGCGGUCCCGAUGCGACGAUUGCCAACACGCCCACUGACAACACUAGAACCACAGGGCCUCAGCCACUAUCAACUAUCGACGCCGAAAACUAUCUGCGCACGUUUCUCGACAUUCUCGUUCGUCUAGAGGGCGUUGGAGUAACAAAUACCACCAACAACGCCGCUGGCACCACUGCAACUGCAAAUGCUGAUAACAUCAACACUAAUAAUAAUAACACUCACAUCAACCCCAUCAUUACCAGUCCAUUCCAUCCAUUAUCUACUACGGCUACUGUUACUGCUGCUGCUCCUCCUCCCGCUUCUACCGUUCCUACCAUGAUGACGGCUGCGGCUUCUGAUGCCGCUGCCGCUGCCGCUGCAGCGUUUCCCAGCCCGGACUCGAAUUUCCGUGCAAUGAGUUAUGGGAGCGGGAGUAGCGAGGAGGAGGAAGAUCUACGGCAAUGGGCUAGUUUGAAGGAGUUUCAGAAGCAAUUUAUGGAGGACGGGGGGCAUUUGUACUCUAUUUAG